AUAACGUCAUAACAAUAAUCUGACAGUGCGACAAAUGUCAAUAAAAAAAAAGAAUAAGGAAAAAAUAAAAGAAUGUUAAUAAAAAAUGUGAAAUUUGAGGUUCUAGUUUGAAAUAUAUAACAAAUAAAUACAUUUGUAAAGGAAUAGGAAAAUUAAAGAGUUUGAAACAAGUGGAUAUAAUAUAUUAAACAAAAAUGGGUGAACGCAAAGGACAGAAUUUAUAUUAUCCACCAGACUACGAUCCUAAGGUCGGUGGUUUGAAUAAAUUUCUCGGCACUCAUGCCCUACGUGAAAGAGCACGUAAACUACAUGAGGGCAUCUUGAUAAUUCGAUUUGAGAUGCCCUUUAAUAUUUGGUGUGAUGGCUGUGGUAAUCAUAUUGGAAUGGGUGUACGUUAUAAUGCAGAAAAGACAAAAAUUGGCAUGUACUAUUCAACGCCUUUAUAUCAAUUUCGAAUGAAAUGCCAUCUUUGUGACAAUCAUUUUGAAAUUAAAACUGAUCCAGCGAAUUUGGACUACAUAAUAGUUAGUGGUGCUCGACGUCAAGAAAAUCGUUGGGAUCCAACAGAAAAUGAACAAGUUGUACCCGAAACAAAGGAAACAUCACGAAGACUUUAUGAUGAUCCUAUGUUUAAAUUAGAACACGGUGUACAAGACAAAGGUGUUUCAAAAUCACGUGAAAAAGCAUUGAACAGCGUUAUUGCCUUAAAUGAAAGUCUUUGGAAAGAUGAUUACAGUUCUAAUAGUGCAUUGAGAGCAAAAUUUAGGGCGGAGAAAAAGGAAAUUGAAAAAAAGAAAUCUUUGGAUAAAAGUCUCUUAAAUAAAAUGGGUAUAAAUAUUAAUUUAGUGGCUGAACACGAAGAUGAUGUAAAAUUGGCACAAUUAUUAAUGCAAACUAAAAAAGUGGAAAGAAAUAAAAAAGGUUUGCAGCUAAAGAGACUGGUUUCAAUUGCAAAAUCAAAAAGAAAAAUACAAGAACAGAAAAAAAUUGACGUUGAUAGAAAAAAAGUAAAUGAAAAUUUACCAUCUUUACCAAUUGCAUCAACAUCAUCAGGAAAUGGUAAUAGUGCCUUGUCAUUAGUCAAUUAUGACAGUACCAGCUCGGACAGUGAUCUUUAAAAAUUUUUUAUUUAAAAAAAAAAUCCAAAUGUUCCUUUUAAGAGAUUUGUAAAUAUAGAAUUAUUUAAAAUAUAAUUUUGUUAAAUAUUAA